AUGACUGCAUCAAUGGUGAAGAGGGCAGGAACAUUUCCAGACACUGUCAGUCAAUGCCGACGGUAUCCACAUCACCAAAAAAGGAGGUUUCCAGUAUCAACCCUAUGCUCUUUCCCCUUCCAGACUUCCAGAGUUUGAGGCCAUUCAAAAAGGAAAAGUUGGAAGGCGCACAUUACACCUUCGGUCUUCUUACCCAGGGGCAUGCACGGCAAUGCAACAUCCCAUUCAGUUCAUAACAUGCAGACGGAGAAACGACAGUGGGCUGUGCCCAAGCCAGUGACUCCCGUCGGACACAUGAAAAGACCUCCAUCCCGCACAUUCCAUGAUUCUGGGCCCUCUUUUCGGAUCUUCUCUCUUGCAACCAUCACACUGAUACAUACACUGACUUUCUCACAGGACACCACAACCACCACCACAACUACAACAACGACAACGACACCGCCGCCAACAUACCCCAGGAAAUCAUCAUGGCCUUCCUUAAGUUGGUUGAAACUCUCGCCCAGGCCAUCUCCUUCUAUUUCGUCAUCCGCACAAUCAACCUCCUCUCAGACCGUAUAGACCUGCAGGUGGACGCGCGGGAGGCAAUGGGGCAGCGGGUGGACAGGAGCUUGGGGGCAAUGAUGGAGAGAAUUGAAGGACUUGAGCGGCAGGUGAGGGCGAUGGGGGAGAGCGUUGCGGAGCUUGAGGGGAAGAUGAAGGAGAUGGAGAGGAAAACCAAAGAUCACCGUCGUCACAGCAACCAUCACAGCCACAACAACCACCACGACUACCACCACCAUCACAACUACAUCAGAAGCCAAAAUGCUCAACACCACAAUGACCACCCCCAUCACCCCUAUCACACCACCGUCACGGCCACCAUGUGCACCAUCCCCGCCGCCGCCACCGGUCUCACCGGCCUCACCGGCAUGAAGCUUUUCAAGAUUUAUCAUUGGGUAGUGACAAAGAUCAUGAUGCUACUCGGACUUUGGUUCAUGUACGGCAUCCGUCAAGCCCGGCGGCAGCAAGCGGCGACGGCAGAGAGGAGGGCGGAAGCGGUAGAGAUCCGUUAUAAAUCCCAUGUCCGUCUCCGCUUCGCAUACACGUACGUGCUGUAG